AUGAAGUGGUUCUUCCAUGUCUCCAAUGAAGAAGUUCUCAGGCGUGCUGGAAUAAAGUCUAUUGAAACUUUCAUCGGUUUGGCUAGACUAAGGUGGUACGGACACGUUGUCAGAAUGCCAGAGACACGGUUUCCCAAUUUUCUACUGGAUUGGAAACCAAACUAUGGAAAGAGAUUGAGAGGACGACCCCGCAAAGGCUGGAUGGCCUGUGUACUCGAGGAUGCUGCUGACUUUACAGGUGUCGAUAACAUCAGCAGAGACGCAGUAAAACAGUUAGCUCUAAAACGAGUGGAAUGGAGGAACAUGAUACACCGUAGAAGAGAUGUGUGUGAUGCAGGCCACUCCAACGACUAG